GUAGAGUGUUGCUAGGCAGACGUAUUGUGCGAGCCAGUCACCCGAUCGUGUGGAAAUCAGUGCAUACCACUCGCGGGAUUUGUCCUUUUGAGUGUCCGCAGAGCUUAUUUGGUUAAAGACAAGUCAUCAUUCAAAGGCUUGGAAAUCAGGAGCACCCAUCGUUUUCAAUUUCUUCAGAUAAUUGGAAGCCUUUACUGAACCGUCAUCAUGACUGAACGCAAGGCCGUGAUCAAGAACGCUGAUAUGUCGGAGGACAUGCAGAGCGAUGCCGUCGAGUGCGCCACCCAGGCCAUGGAGAAGUUCAACAUCGAGAAGGACAUCGCUGCCUACAUCAAGAAGGAGUUCGACAAGAAGUAUAACCCGACCUGGCAUUGCAUUGUGGGCCGUAACUUCGGCAGCUACGUCACACACGAGACCAAGCAUUUCAUUUACUUCUACCUUGGGCAGGUGGCCGUCCUUCUCUUCAAAUCCGGAUAAAACCAUUUUAAGGUGCUUACAUAAAAUAAGAGAACAGAACUGAGGAUGGAUCAUGGAAGCCAAAGUAUUGUCCUAACAUGACUAAGGAGAAACUAGACAGACACUUCUUGAUUCCAGAGCCUUUCAUUGUUUCAUAGCCUAUAUAAGUAGGCCCGAUCAUGUAAAGGGAAAUGGCCAGUGAAGGGGGAGGGGGAGUUGGGUUUGCGACACUCAUACAUAGUAGUCACAUUUUUUUUUAAAUAGGCAUGUUAAAUGUACUUGACUGUUGAGUGAGACACUGCAGUGUACACUCUACAUGAUAAAUGUUCUGCAUAUAAUUAUGUCGUUUACAGGGGGGGGGGGGUCAGUGCUCAAUGCAUAACUCGUAUGGAAUGUUAUAAGAACUGUCUAGCGCAUGUGCCUUUUAUUAACGGUGCCUAUAUACCUUCCGCAUCUCCCGUCUUGCUUCUGAUAGAACAUGGUAACAUUAUUCCAAGUUAUUGAUAAAAACAGUAGGAAAUUGGUAUGAGGCAAUUAUACAGUAAAGUUCGCCUGAUCAUUUAUUGGACAAAUUAUCCACGAAAAUACAUUUAUGUCACUAUCAUGUAUUUAUGCGAACAUUGUGUAGUUUCUGAUACAUUUGCAUGAUUACAUACGUAUUAUAGAUAUAGCACAUACUUUAUAUACCAAAGAGUCGAUGUACAUUCAGAGUAGCUACACUCAUAUACCUUGACACUUUUCUGUUUUUAUCAUUUCAGCCUAUACAUCCAUAAGUAGGGUCUAUACAGUAUUUAUUUCUUUCCUGUAUCAAACACUUUGACGUUCAUUUAAAGUAAUAGUUGGACCCACAAUGUACGGGUCCGUAAACAACUGAAUUCGAAUAUUGAGUUCAGAAUGAUCAAUAAUAUUUUCCACGUUUAAUCAAUAAAUAAAAAUUUUGAGAUUAUAUUUCCAUCCAUUUUAUUUCUAUUGUGGCAGGAUGCGCGUGUUUUUACAAUGACAACUUUAAGAAUAACAUGUUCUUGAUGCUGUUGCUUGUACGGGGAAAAGUUCGAGAAAAGUAUGAUAAAACAUGUAAAAAAUAGGGAUAGAAAAGAUUAAAAACUUCAUUCCAAGUUGUACUAAAAGCAGCCACCAUACUUGGUUUUAACAGAUAAAUGAGAUUUUAUAUUGUAAUUAUUUAUAUACUUAUUAGUUUUGAUAUCAUGAUGUUAUUAUUAUUAGUAUUAUAAUUACUAUCAUCUCAUAUAUAAUUAUGACUUUGAAGCAGUAUUUUGUUUUCUUUUGUAUUCAUGAGAAGUACAAAUAAAAAGAAAUCUUGCAACUCAUCAAUACACAUAACUCAAAAGCGAGUACCAUUGAUACAGUUCAUCUUUUAAUAAAUGAUGUAUUAUUAUUAUUA